AAGGAAAGGUCUCUGCUUUUCCUUUCACUUGAGAUUGUAUGAAUCUAGCCUAAAUCUUUUAAAUGGGUUUUUCUUUUCUUUUUCUAAAUGAUAUUUGGUUAGAUGUAGAUUGAUUCUUGUUGAUUUUCUCGGCACCCAAACAGUCAAAAUGCAGAGCAUUAUUCGAGCUACUUUUUUUUCCAUUUGUUGGAAACAUUAUCGACGACCAAAUGAAAGAAAAAGGAACCGGUGGCUGCAGCUGAUAAGAUCAAGACAGUUUUAGGUACAAAUAUCUUAGGAUAUUUGGUAAUAAUCACGGGAGAUUUUCGUAAAGUGACCAAAUUGUGGUCAUCAUCAUUUUCAUGGAUGCCCCCCGUGCCCACGUAACUGAAAGCUGAGUCAAAUAUCUUGUGCAUCAGGCAACUUUUUUUGCUAAUAUGCCAAAAGCUUGCCACUCCAGAAAAGUCAAAGCUUUGAACUUUAUAAGUUCAUCUUCAAUUUUGGCUCCUUGAAACUAUGGAGUCAUCCAGGUUCUCUCAUUAGCUCUUUGAAUUUCUACUCUCUUUUUUUUUUUUUAAAGUUUGUAUGGAUACCCUUUUCCAAGAUUUACCUGGUUCCAUGUAUGGGUUCAAAUUUGAUCACGGCUCAGUGCCAAUGCCAGUGUAUGCAAAUCACAACCUUGAUAAUGGGUCUAAAGAGAGUCCCAUUGAUUCAUCUUCAUCAUCACCAUCAUCAGGCAUGAGUUCAGAUAGUCCUUUCCCUAAUGAAAUGCUUAAAUACAUAAACCAGAUGUUAAUGGAGGAAGACCUUGAAGAAAAGACCUGCAUGUUACAGGAUUGCUUAGCUCUACAAGCUGCUGAAAGAUCCUUCUAUCAAGUCCUCUGCCACAAUUAUCCGAUUCCGGCUGGUCUAAAUCAUUAUUACCCAGAUGAUGAUUGUAAUAGCAGUAAAGGUGAAUUCAACUCAUUUUGUCCUCAAACUUCUCUUAUUGAUUCUCUUGAAAGAACCUCUUUGUUUCCGGAUUUACGAAGAGGAACCGUUGAACGGCUUGGUGAAGGUAGUAAAUCACCAUCUGUUGAUGUAGAUAAGGUGAGGGGAAGGAAAAAUUAUCAGCGUGAGGAUGUGGAAGAAGGUAGGAUCAUUAAGCAAUCGGCUCUUUCUCUUGAAGAUUCAGAGCAGACAGAGAUGUUCGACGAUGUAUUGCUUUGUAAAGGUGAAAAUGAGGACUCUCCAAAGUGUUCUCUUAAUGGCAACUCAGCGCAGCACAGGCAGAUAAAACGGUCUAAUGGCCGGCGGAAGAAAAACGAAAAGAAAAGUGAAGCAGUGGAUUUAUGGAGUCUACUUACUCAAUGUGCACAAUCGGUAGCAGUCAAUGACCAAAGGACUGCUAAUGAGAUGCUGAAACUGAUAAGGCAACACUCGUCUGAGUCCGGAGAUGGAACCCAAAGAUUGGCACAUUACUUUGCUAAUGCCCUUACAACACGUUUGGCUGGCAUGGGGGCGCCAUUGUAUGCACAUCUGCUAAGCAACAGGACAUCAGCUGCUGAUGUCUUAAAAGCUUAUGGAGUGUAUGUUUUAGCUUGCCCCUUUAAGAAGAUGUCUAAUUUCUAUGCAAAUAAAAGGAUAAUGGAAUUGGCCGAAAAGGCAACCACACUCCACAUCAUUGAUUUUGGCAUUUGCUAUGGGUUUCAAUGGCCUUGUCUCAUCCAACUCCUCUCGGCACAGGCUGGUGGACCUUCCAAGCUUCGUAUUACAGGUAUCGAGUUCCCACAACCAGGUUUCCGACCUGCAGAAAGGGUGGAAGAGACAGGGCGUCGAUUGAAAAGGUAUUGCGAGAGGUUCAAUGUCCUAUUCGAGUGCAAUGUCAUAGCAAAGAAAUGGGAAGCCAUCCAACUUGAGGAACUGAAGAUUACGAAAGAUGAAGUGGUGGUUGUUAAUUGCAUGUAUAGGCUAAAGAACCUCCCAGAUGACACAGUGGCACCAACGAGUGCGAGGGAGACCGUUUUGAAACUGAUCAGAAGCAUCAAUCCCGAAUUAUUCAUCCAUGGAGUCACAAAUGGGACAUACAACGCCCCAUUCUUCGUCUCAAGGUUCCGCGAGGCACUGUUCCAUUUCUCAGCUCAGUUUGAUAUAUUUGAAGCUACUGUUGCCCGGGACGAUCCACAAAGGAUGAUGUUUGAGAAGGAAAUACAUGGGAGGGACAUUAUGAACCUCAUUGCAUGCGAGGGUACUGAGAGAGUUGAAAGACCAGAAACGUACAAGCAAUGGCACGUUCGGACGCUGAGGACAGGGUUCAAGCGGGUUCCAUUGAAUCAAGAGCUCGUGAAGAAAGUAAUGGACAUGAUCCAAUCUAGUUAUCAUAGGGACUUUGUUGUGGAUGUCGAUGGCCAUUGGAUGUUACAGGGAUGGAAAGGGAGAAUUAUUUAUGCACUUUCAUGUUGGAAACCUGUCAAGAACUAACUAGGAUCUAACAGAUAUUCAUUUCCUAGAACAAUGUUUUCAUAUAUUUAAAGAUCAAAUCUUAUUUCAAUCGAAAUACAAGUGUUCUAAUAAAAA